AGUUUUCAGAGUUCAGAGUCCAUGUUGAUGUGGACGGAGCAGCAGAGGAGACCAGAUUCAAAGUUGGUCGGUGUUUCUGGUUCAUGUCUCUGAAUGACUGAAGUCCAGAAGAUGGAUGAUUGUUUGGAGAAAGAGGAGGAGAGACCAGAGUCUCCAGGAUCCAUCUGUCUGUCUAUGAAGAGUGACCGGUCCAAUGAAGAACCUCCAAACUUCAGUAACGAACCUGGACCUUCAGACAAAAAAGGUCGGUACCGCAGUCAGAGACCAGAGUCUCCAGGAUCCAUCUGUCUCUCUAUGAAGAGUGACCGGUCUAAAGAUCAACCUCCAAAGUUCAGUAAAGAAUCUGGACCCUCAGACACAAGAAGACGAGUGAAUUCUGCAGCUUCCAGGUGUCGGUCUACGAAGAGUGACGUCUCCAAAGAUCUACCUGACGACUUCAACAAUAAACCUGCUCCGAUGAAACGGAGCUCAUACCAGACGACUUCAUCGGAAAAUCUGGGACAUGGAAAAAGAUCCAGAGCAAGCUCUCGACUAGCAGAUGCUGGUCUGCAGGAGGUCCUAGAUGAACAUAAGACCAGUCUGAGGAGCAGAUGUGAACAUGUGACUGAAGGAACUGAUGAAAAAGGAAGUAGAACCCCCCUCAACAGGAUCUACACGGAGCUCUUCAUCACAGAGGGACUGAGGGAAGAGGUUGAUACCCAACAUGAGGUGAGGCAGCUGGAGACAGCUCCCAGGAUGAAGAGCCUCCAUGACGCUCCAAUCAGGUGCCAGGACAUCUUUAAAGCCUUACCUGGCCAACGUGGAGCCAUCAGAGUGGUUCUGACCAACGGCGUCGCUGGCGCUGGGAAAACCUUCUCGGUUCAGAAGUUCUCUCUGGACUGGGCCGAGGGCUGGGAGAACCAAGACGUCACCGUGGUGAUUCUGCUCUCGUUCAGGGAGCUGAACCUGAUCAGAGAUGAGUUCAGUCUUCUCAGGCUGAUCCAGGUUUUCCAUCCAUCGUUCCAGAAGCUCACAGCAGAGCAGCUGGCUGCCGGGAAACCGUUGUUCAUCUUUGACGGCCUGGAUGAAAGCAGACGUUCCCUGGACUUCAACAACGGUCCGGUCGUGUCUGACGUCACACAGAGCUCAUGGGUCAACGUGCUGCUGACCAACCUCAUCCAGGGGAACCUGCUUCCCUCAGCUCUCAUCUGGAUCACUUCCAGACCUGCAGCAGCCAAUCAGAUCCCUCACAAACACGUGGACAGGCUGACAGAAGUACGAGGCUUCACCGACGGCCAGAAGGAGGAAUACUUCAGGAGGAGGUUCAGGGAUGAAGAGCGGUCCAGCAGCAUCGUCUCCCACAUGAAGACAUCCAGAACCCUCCACAUCAUGUGUCAACUCCCGGUCUUCUGCUGGAUCACUGCUACAGUUCUGGACCACAUGUUGACCACGGAGCAGAGAGGAGAGCUGCCCAAGACCCUGACUGACAUGUUCUCCCACUUCCUGCUGGUCCAGACCAAGAGGAAGAAGAACAAGUACCAGGAGGGACGUGAGACGAGUCCACAGGAGCUGACGGAGGCUGACAGGGACCUUCUCCUGAAGCUGGGGAGGCUGGCGUUUCAACAUCUGGAGAAAGGAAACAUCAUGUUCUACCAAGAAGACCUGGAGCAGUGUGGUCUUGAUGUCCCAGAGGCCUCGGUGUACUCAGGAGUUUGUACCCAGAUCUUCAGGAGAGAGUGUGAGGUCUUCCAGAAACCCGUCUACUGCUUUGUUCAUCUGAGCAUCCAGGAGUUCCUGGCUGCAGUCUACGUACUCCACUGUUGGUCCACCAGAAACACAGAUGUGCUGGAGAACUUCCUGGGAGGAAACAGUUACUCAUCUCUGGGUGACUUCCUGUGGAGAGUCAUGUGGAAAUCCCUGUACAGUAAAAAUGGCCACCUGGACCUGUUUGUUCGCUUCCUUCAUGGUCUUUCUGUGGAGUCCAACCAGAGACUGUUAGGAGGUCUGCUGAACCAGAGGAAGAACCGUCCAGGAACCAUCCAGACAGUCAUCUACAACCUGAAGGAGAUGAACACUGACAGAAUCUCUCCUGACAGAAGCAUCAACAUCUUCCAGUGUCUUAUGGAGAUGAACGACCUCUCAGUUCAUCAGCAGAUCCAAGAGUUCCUGAAGUCAGAGAACAGAUCAGAGAAGAAGCUCUCUGAGAUCCAGUGUUCAGCUCUGGCCUACAUGCUGCAGAUGUCGGAGGAGGUUCUGGAUGAGUUGGACCUGGACAAGUACAAGACAAAAUUGAGCGGUCGACGGAGACUGAUUCCAGCUGUGAGGAACUGCAGAAAGGCUCGAGUUGUUGCUUGUUUGCUCUCAAACACUCACUAUGAAGUUGUUGCGUCCGCUCUGAAGUCCAACCCCUCCCAUCUGACAGAACUGGACCUGAGUCAGAACCGGGAACUGCAGGAUUCAGCAGUGGAGAUUCUGUCUGGUGGACUGGAGAGUCCAAACUGUAGACUGGAGACUCUGAGGUUGGAGCUCUGCAGUCUGUCAGAGAUCAGCUGUUCUUCUCUGGGCUCAGCUCUGAAGUCCAACCCCUCCCAUCUGAAACAUCUGGACCUGAGCUGGAACCAGCUGCAGGAUUCAGGAGUGAAACAUCUGUGUGGAUUUCUGGAGAGUCCAGACUGCAGACUGGAGACUCUGAGGUUGGAGGACUGCAGUCUGUCAGAGAUCAGCUGUUCUUCUCUGGUCUCAGCUCUGAAGUCCAACCCCUCCUAUCUGAAACAUCUGGACCUGAGCUGGAACCAAAACCUGCAGGAUUCGGGAGUGAAACAUCUGUGUGGAUUUCUGGAGAGUCCAGACUGCAGACUGGAGACUCUGGGGUUGGUGUACUGCAGUUUGUCAAAGAUAAGCUGUUCUUCUCUGAUCUCAGCUCUGAAGUCCAACCCCUCCCAUCUGAAACAUCUGGACCUGAGCAGGAACGACCUGCAGGCUGCAGAUGUGGAGCAGCUUUCUGACCUGGUGAAGAGUCCAGACUACCAGCUGCAGACUCUCAGCUGGGACUAGAGAGAGUCAACGGGACGGUGUUUGUGCUGAGAGGAUGAGACGUGUCCUGAUCGUCCUCAGAGGUUGAAGCAGAACCAGUUUGUGUGGACAAACUCUGACUGGACCGUGAUGAUGAUGAUGAUGAUGAUGAUGAUGAUGAUGAUGAUGAUGAUGAUGAUGAUGAUGAUGAAGAUGUACAUAGUUUCUGAAUUCCAGAGUUUUACAAACUUGUUCAUCUAUUUCAUGUUAAGUCAGAAAGUCUUUGUUGUCAGUAUAUUAUUGUUAAAAAAACAGUACAUCAAAAUGUAGCCUUUAAUUUGAACUAUAGUUUCGUUCGACAUUGUUCCUCAAGCGCUUCGUCUAAAGUAGUAGGGAGGAGGUUUCUACUACUAAUGUACUGACGGAUAAAUGUCUGCGCUGCCGCGGCGGAGCUGAUCAGCAAAGCAGCCGUCUCCCCCACCGAGUCACAUGACUCCCCCGGUGUUUUCUUUUUAUUUACAUGUUUCCGUUUCAUUCCAAGUUCUUUUUGUUGUUGUCGUGUUUUCAGCUUCGUCGUUCAUUCGUUCUUUUGUUCGUUUUGUUUAUUUCGAACAUGUAUAAAAAACAAGAGGAAAAGAUAAGAGAAACAAAUACAGGUGGGCAUUAUUUCACCACAUGAAGAAAAAAAAACAACAUCAAAACACAUAUUUCAGUUACAUGUUCGAAAAGGAGUGGGGGGGGGGGGGUGUAUAAACUUAUUUAAUCCCACCCCCUUUCCACAACUAAACAUAAAUUAUAUGCCUGUAUUUACUUUUUAUACUAUACACUAAUUUGCAUAAAUAUAUAUCAUUUUUACAAAAAUAACCUGUUUAAUUCCAGAUGUAAGCUUUAUCAUAAAUAUAACUAUGAUAUAAAUAUAAUAUAACUAUGAUAUAAAUAUAAUACGUAUAUCUAAGUAUAUAAACAUACAAAGACAACAUGACGAAAUAGCAAAACACACACAGCUAGUGAUCUUUAAACACAGUCUUCACUUUUAUACCUCAAAUAAACCAUUUCUUUAUAUUUCUUCUGAAAUUGUUUUAUGUUUGUACAUUCUUUUAACUCCAAAUUCAAAUCAUUCCACAGUUUAAUUACACAAACUGAUACACAAAAACUUAUUUUUGUUGUACACACAAAUAAAGAUUUGAAGUUUAGGUUACCCCUUAAAUGAUAACCCCCUUCCCUCCCAAUGAAUAAUUUCUGAAUGUUAUCCGGUAGCGAAUUAUUUUUUGCUUUAAACAUUACUUGUGCAGAUUGAAAUGCCACUUAAUCCAUACAUUUUAAUACUUUAGACUGUAAGAAUAGUGAGUUAAGUGUGAUCUCCAUAUCCAGCCUUAUGAAUGUAUCGUAUUUCUCUCUUUUAAAGUAUGAGUAAUGAGUGUAACCUGGUUUUAUAGUUAUUGCCCCAAAUUUCUGCACAGUAAGUGAAAUAUGGAAGAACUAGUGAACAGUACAGAAUGUGGAGGGCCCUGUAAUCUGUUAAGUACUGCAAUGCUCUUUGAAACUUUGUUUUGUGGCUUAAUAUGAGAUUUCCAGCUAAUUUGAUCAUCCAUUAUUACGCAGAGAAAUCUGAUUUUGUUUACUGUUUCAAUAUCACUGCCAUCCAAUUCAACUUUUAUUUGCAUAUCACUUCUCCAAUUUCCAAAUCACAUUAUUUUUGUCUUACUCAUGUUUAAUGAUAAUUUGUUAUCAGUGAACCAUAUUUUUAACUUACUCUAAUUCUGUCGUGACAUCAAGCAUUCGUUUUUGUAAAUCAGUACCAGAGCAGAACAGAUGUGUGUCAUCAGCAAAUAGAACAUAAUUUAGUACUUUAGAUACUUGGCAUAAGUCAUUGAUGUAAAGAAUAAACAAUUUGGGUCCCAGCACUGACCCCUGGGAGACACCACAAGUAGUGCUCAAACAUUUGGAACAGUAAUCACCCAGCCACACAAAUUGCUUCAUGUCACUCAGAUAGCUCCUCACCCACUGUAAAACUGUACCCCUGAUGCCAUACCGUUCCAGUUUAGUAGGUAAAAUAUCAUGGUUUAUUGUAUCAAAUUCUUUUUUUAAUUCCACAAAUAUUCCAAGUGCGUGCGUUUUCUGAUCUAUAGAACUUGUUAUUUCUUCCACUGAAAUCUAUUAAUGCCAAUGAUGUAGAUCUAUUUGUCAUGAACCCAUACUGACAAUCAGAGAGUAGUUUGUGUUUAUUUAUGAGAAUUUCCAGCCGAUUAUUGAAAAGCUUUUCAAGAAUUUUGGAGAAUUGUGGAAGCAGAGAGACAGGUCUGUAAUUUGUGAAGUGGUGUCUGUUCCAAGAUUUGUACAGAGGUAUUACUUUUGCAGUUUUCAUUUUAUUUGGGAAUGUACCAGUAGUGAAUGAUAAAUUACAAAUGUAAGCAAGCGGUUUUGAAAUACCCUCAAUUAGACUCUUAAUUACAGACAUAUCAAUGUCGUCACAGUCAGUGGAUUUUUUUGCUUUUACAUUUAGUAACAGUAUGUAUGUCUUCUUCUUCGUCCACUGCUGUAAUAAACAUUGAACUGAGAUUCCUUUCAAUAAAAUAAUCCUUCUCUCCC